AUGGAAUUCUACAGUCCCAACUAUCCUAAUAUGUAUCAUAAUAAUUCAGAUUGUGUUCAAUAUUUAGAAGCACCCCCGGGAUUUAAAAUCCAGUUGGAUUUCAGAGAUCAGUUUGUACUGGAGAAAUCAGACGAUUGUAAAUAUGAUUACCUUGAAGUCCGAGAUGGACCCUUCGCCUAUUCUGAUUUGAUUGGACGGUUCUGUGAUGAUAAGUUCCCGGAGUUGAUCGAGUCUAAAUCGAGGUUUCUAUGGUUAAGAUUUAAAACUGAUGAUUUAUUACACUAUAGUGGUUUUAGAGCAGUUUAUUCCUAUGUUAAAGAUGGCAGUGUAUGUAGAAGUUAUAUAGAAGUAAACUCGGCUAAUCCAGACGGUGUUCUUAACUCUGCUGAUGUUCCUUUCUGGGAUACUGACGAUCCGAAUUACCCGAAACAUAAACCAGUUGACUGUACCUGGGAACUACAUACUGAUAACGGAUACGGGAUCUCAGUGAAUUCACUGAAGAUGGGGAUGUUGAGUCCUGAACGUUGUGAUGAGAAUUUUGUAGCUCUGUAUAAAGGUUCAACCCGACAGAUUGAUCGUUAUGAUAAACAUUGUAACGACGGCAGCCUGGAGAUGAAGAGUAUCACCAAUAGAAUCUUUAUAAGGGUUUAUGGUCGACGAUUGUCUUUAAAACCAAGGAUUAAAAUUGUUUACUCUGUAUUCAGACCUAAGGUAUGUUUGAAGGGAGAGUUUAGCUGUGAUGAUGUUUGUUUAAACAGGAAUCUCAUCUGUAACGGUGUACCUAAUUGUAGAAGUGGAAAAGAUGAACGGGGGUGUCAGAACGCUAAAGGUCUGUAUCCAUUCUUUAAGUUUUAA